AUCACUUCAGCAGGAAGGAUGAGUAAAGUAGCACUGCAUUGGUUCAGAUAUGGUUUACGACUGCACGAUAACCCUCCUCUCCUAAAAUCAAUCAAAGAAUGUACCAACCUGAUCCCUCUAUAUAUUCUAGACGACGAGUAUUUUAAGCCUGGAAAAGUUGGAAUUAAUCGCAUAGGUUUCUUGUUGGACUCCCUAAAGGCACUUGAUUCUGACCUCAGAGCUCUGGGUUCACAGUUGUUCGUAGCUAAAGGUAAUCCACAUGAUGUAAUCGAAAAGUUUAUCCAGGAGCACAAGAUUGAGGUUGUGAGCUUCGAAAGAGAUACGGAACCGUAUAACAAAGCUAUGGAUGAAAAGAUCAUGAACACUGUUCAAGCAUUGAACGUUAAGUCUUUCCCAUUAUGGGGCCAUACCAUGUUCGACCCUGAAUACCUUUUAGCGUUAAGCAAUGGAAAAGCUCCACUGACCAUGACAUCAUUCUUAAAACUCAUGGCAGAGACUGGCGAUCCUCCAAAACCAGUGGAUCCUCCUAAAUCAGUCCCACCUCCUCCAGCUGAAAACCUGACAUGCAAAGACGUGUUUAUCUAUCAGGGUGUUCCUUCUUUAUCUGACCUCAAACAGUACGACUUCAAUCCAAAGGAUUACACAACUUGGUUUGUCGCCGGAGAAAAGGAGGGUAUCAAGGUAAUGAAAGAAUUUCUUGCUCAGAAGAAAAGAGUGUCAACGUUUGAAAAGCCAAAAACUGAUCCCACAGCUUUGUCUCCAGACACGACUGCCUUGUCGCCUUACAUGACACGGGGUAGUCUCAGUGCUAGGUUAUUCUAUCACAGUCUGAAGGAUACAUUAAAAGGUAUGACUAGCAGUAAACCUCCGGUUUCACUGAAGGGGCAGCUGUAUUGGCGUGAGAUGGCAUACCUUAUAGGAUUCAGUGUGCCUAACUUCAAUCAGAUGGAGGGGAACCCUAUCUGUAAGCAAAUACCCUGGCUAGAAGGAGAUGAAGCAAAGUCUCUGCUAGAAAAGUGGGAAAUGGGACAAACAGGCUACCCAGCAGUUGAUGCUGUUAUGAACCAGCUGCGAACUGAAGGCUGGAUGCAUCAUCUUGCAAGGCAUUUAGCAGCCUGCUAUCUAACACGUGGUGAUUUGUGGGUCACCUGGGAGCUGGGUAGAGAUGUGUUUGAUAGACAUCUCGUGGACGCUGACUGGUCUAUAAAUAACUUUUCAUGGCACUGGCUAUCUUGUAGUGCUUUCUUCCAUCAAUACUUCAGAUGUUACAGUCCUAUCGCUUUCUUCAAGAAAACAGAUCCAAAUGGAAAGUUUAUUAAAAAGCAUGUGCCUAUACUGGCAAAGUUCCCUGAUAAAUAUAUUUAUGAACCAUGGACUGCGCCCAAAGGUAUACAGCAAGCAUGUGGUUGCAUUAUCGGCAAAGACUAUCCCAAACCAAUGGUCGAACAUAGUAUAGUGGUAAAAGAAAAUAUGUCCCGAAUGAAGAAAGCCUAUGAUGCUGGUAAAGCUAAGAAAUCUAGCGAACCCCCUGCUAAGAGGUUGAAGCAGAAUAGUCUGGGAAAAUAUGCAAAGAAAUGAGGAUUUUUGAUGAAUUAGUUAAUCGUUCAGUUGCAGUAUGCGACCACUGUGAGAGCAAAUAUUGUAGCAUUUUUAUUUAUCAUUAUUAUAUAUUGACUAAAUUUGUAUAAUAUAUUAAUUCUUUCAGUGUGUGACCGCUGUGAGAGCAAGUUUUUUAGCAUCUUUAUUUAUUAUAUAUUAACUAAAUUUGUAUGUAUCUUUUAAUUUAGUAAAUGUUCCAGUUGUGACCGCUGAGAAAACAAGUAUCUUUUUAUUUUCUAUUAUUAGAUGUAUUAAAUAUCUCAACAUUUAUUGUGCUAUUACACGAUUGACAGAAUAUUUUAACAAUGAUAAAUGAAUGUAUAGCACAAGCAUUAAGAAUUUACAGAGUCAUGGCUUCUAGUUCGUACAUUUACGUACUCGAUAUAAGGGCAUUGUUGAAAGGUAUUCAAAUUUGUUCCAAGGUGUUUAGAUCCGUGAAUAUUAGUGAAAUUUGUUUUAUUUUCGACUUUAGUAUUGAAUCCUUUAACGGUUCACUUCAGAAUUAUUUAAAUUGUGAAAUUGUUUUCAUAAAAUACUGCGAUCUAAAAACUUUUCUGUUCCACUAAAUGUUGUUUGAUUAAUUUCCACUAUUUUGUAUUCAACACUUCAACAGCUCUUGGCUAUUUUGAUAUGAACAGUAAAUUUCAAAUCAAAUAAUGAUUAAGU